ACAAUGAUAUUUGAUUGAAAUGUAUUUUGAUUCUAAAAAUGAAAUGCUAUCAAAACAGUUGGACCAACCACAGAUGAUUCCAAUUGUAGCUAAAGACCUACACAUGUGUCACUCCUUUCAUUACCAACUAUAAAAAAGAGGAGAAAUGAGGAAUCAUUUGAAUUGUAACAUAAACAUGGACCAAGCCAGACAUAGAGAAGUGGUUGAAAGAGGAAUUCGUAUGCGUGGUUGAUGAAUAAGAGGAAGGUCAAGAGCUGUGGUCUCAGAUGAGAUCAGGGCAACUACAACUGAUCAUGUAAUAAAUCAUGGUCUUUCAACGAGAGAGGCUGGUCUGAGAGUACAGCCAAAUCUUCAAAGCUCAACAGUGGCAUCUAUUGUUAGAGUUUUCCGGCAAACCAACAGGUAAGUUGUAUUCUGUGAUAGCAUCUUUUCCAAACAUACUUGUGUGUAAUUGUUUAUGCAUUUCUGCUUACUGUAGGACCCAACGGUUACCUCCCAAUGGUGGGAGAGGCAAGAUGCUCACUGAUGUACAGGAAACGGCAAUCGUUGACAUGGUCAUUAGAAACAAUGCCAUCAAACUCACAGAAAUUCGAGACCGUGUGUUAGCAGACAACAUCACAUUUGCAAAUAUUCACAGUAUCAGCAUAACAACUAUUUCAAGAGUCUUGAAAAAACAUCAGGUCAGGAUGAAGCAGUUGUACACUGUGCCUUUUGCGAGGAACUCUGACCGAGUCAAGCAACUCAGGAACCAAUAUGUCCAGAGAGUCAUGGAGAUUGAAAGCAGGCAAACCCCACACGUUUUCAUCUUUGUGGAUGAGGCUGGUUUCAACUUAACCAAAACACAGAGGCGAGGAAGGAACCUGAUUGGGAAAAGAGCCACAGUGGAUGUCCCAGGCCAGAGGGGUGCUAACAUCACAAUGUGUGCUGCAAUAUCCACUAAUGGACUGCUGUUACACAAACCGCUAAUUGGGCCAUACAACACUGAGCGCCUUCUUUCAUUCCUGGAUGACCUCUAUGGAAGGGUUGUGGUAGGUGAGGAAAGGGAUGCAGUGAGGAGAAAUCAGCCAACAUUUAUAAUUGUAUGGGACAAUGUGGCAUUUCAUCACUCUCGUGCAGUCACAGAGUGGUUUGCAGCCCAUCCCAGGAUGGUGUCACUUUUCCUCACUCCUUAUUCUCCAUUCCUCAACCCCACAGAUGAAUUAUUUUCCUUGUGGAGGUGGAAGGUUUAUGACCACCAUCCCCAUGAUCAAAUGUCCCUUCUGAACGCAAUGAAUGCGGGAUGCCUGGACAUCUCAGCAGAAGAUUGCCAGGGAUGGAUCAGGCAUGCCAAAAGAUUCUUUCCUAGGUGUAUUGCCCUGGAUGACAUACGAUGGGAUGUGGAUGAGAAUCUGUGGCCAAAUGCAGAGAAUCGAGUUGAUAUUUGGCAAUAACUUCUAAAAACAAACAGAAAAAAACAUACAGCAUCAUGUCUGAUUACUGUAAUUCCUGUAACAUAUA